UUUUUAUUAUUUUUUUACAGUAUAGAUGUAAAUUUUAAUAAAUACAAUAUGUAUCAAUAAAAGUGACGAUCUAAAAAUACAAAGAUGGCAGUCUUUUCAUCAGUAACUAUGUACAAUGUGAAGCUGGAGCUUUUAGAUAUAGCUCACCAAUGCUCCUUGCGUGGAUUAACACACAGCAUGAAGUGGUCGUCAGAGCUUGCUAGCGUAUUAACAACAACUGACCAACCAACAAUAACUGCACUGUCUUCAUUGUGCGUGACAGAUACUACUUUGUUGAUGGAAUUCGAUAAAUAUUUGUUGGGCAAAUCUUUUUUCGACUCAAAAGAGUAUGCACGUGCUGCAUCUUAUCUGAAAGACUGCAAAAGCAAUGCAUCUAUUUUUUUGUAUUAUUAUUCCAGAUAUAUGGAAAUAAAGAAAAAACAAAGAUAUCAAAUGGUUGGUGUGUUUGAUAAUAAAGUUAAAGAAAGCAAGGCUUGGCAACAACUGAUUGAUUUAAGACAAGAUUUAAAGAAAAACGAAGACCAGUUGGAUUCGUUUUGUUUUUAUUUGUAUGGAAUUGUUUUAAAAAACCUUGAGUUAGAUAAAGAAGCCAUCGAAAAUUUAGAAUGUUCUAUACAAAUGCAACCCUUGUUUUGGAGUGCAUGGGAAGAGUUAGCCGGACUUUGCAAAGACAGACAAAUAUUAAAAGAUCUGAAACUACCAAAACAUUGGAUGGGCGAGUUUUUUCAUGCUUAUGCUGAGCUAGAAUUGCACUUAAAUGAGGAAGCUUUGGCACGUUAUCGAGACAUCAGCAGUGUUGGGUUUGGUAACAGUAUCUAUGUCAAAUCACAGCUUGCCACUGCAUUAUAUAACAUUAGAGCCUUCGAUGCAUCUGCUGAACAAUUUAAAGACUUACGUCAAAUGGACCCGUUCAUGUUGGAGAACAUUGACACCUAUUCAAACAUUCUCUAUAUACAGGAUGAUCGUCCAGAAUUAAGUUAUCUGGCACACCAUGCUUGCGAAGUUGAUAAAUACAGAUAUGAAAGUUGCACGGUUAUUGGGAAUUACUACAGUCUACGAGGUGACAGAGAGAAAGCUGUAUUGUAUUUUAAACAAGCUUUAAGAUUAAAUCCUGAUUAUAACGUAGCGUGGACGUUGCUAGGACACGAACAUCUUGAACUGAAAAAUACUUCGGCUGCUAUCGAAUCUUACAGGAGGGCUACAGAACUUAACAGCAGAGAUUUUCGAGCUUGGUACGGAUUGGGACAGACAUAUGAGAUACUAAAGAUGUUAUAUUACGCUUUGUAUUACUAUCGCGAAGCACAAAAGUUGAGGCCAAAUGAUGCCAGAAUGUUAAUUGCAUUGGGGGACACUUACCAAAAUAUUGAGAAAAUAGACGAAGCUAAGAAGUGUUAUUCAAGAGCGGUACGUUUAGGUGAUUCGGUGGGACAGGCAACUAUAAAACUUGCAAGGCUUCAGGAAAAUAGUGGAGAGAUCGAAGAAGCUGCUAAGUUGUAUACUCUUCAUCUCGAUCGUGUGCAUCAAGGAUUGUAUGAUUUUUCGGAUGAUCAAGGCAAAGCUUGUUUGUUUCUCGCUCGUCACCAUUUAAAACAUGAACGUUUUGAUGAAGCAGAACUUUAUGCUAGGAGAGGAGCAGAGUACAACGAGACCCGAGAAGAAGCAAAGACGUUGCAUUCCGAAAUAACGAACGCUUCUAAAUCGGUUUAAUAAUGGCGUCGGAAAGACGUCGAUCCCGGUAUAAGAAGGUAUAGAAGAAGACGAGCUCAAAUGAAACAAGCGUGGCAUGUUGCAGCUCUCAGUGACUGUAACCGCCGUAACAUGAAUUGGCUGUAGGUAUAAUUAACCAUGACAUCAAACAAAAAUUUCACAUCAAGGACGAGGUGCAUUGCGAAUUGUGUUAUUUUGAAAUAACGACGUAAAUAAAUCAUUUCAAUUCUGUUGACAUGACAAUUUGUUGCCAGUAGUAACCAACUUUGAACGUUGCAUAGAAACUCUGCUACUGUUUUUGUUGGUCGUAUAUGGACGUACUUAUGACAACAUUAUGAAUGACUAGCAAGGGAAAUAUGAUUGUACAAUAUUUUUUUUGCUAUUUAUUUCAGUGUAAAAAAAAUGGAAUUAACUAACCCUAACCCUAACCUAAAAUUAUGUUCGCGACAUAUUUUCGCCUAAGUUCAUUUU